AUGCCCCGCAAGAAAAAGUCUCUCAAGAGGGAGACCUCGGACAUUGUCGCCGCGCCCACCGCCGCCGCGUCUCUGUCAACCGCCCCCGAGCAGCAUCCCGAGGGGCCUGCCGCAAAGAGACCUCGGAUCCUCUCCGACGACGAUGAGGAUCGCCUGGGCCGCCUCGUCGACCUGCCGCGCUGGUGCGAAAGGGUGGGUCAGGGCAGAGGCGCCGCAGUCUGCCUCUAUGCCACACUUGUCAAGAUCGCGCUCUCGACCACCUCGGCGGAUGGCUCCGCCUGCCAUCUUGAUCUCGAGUGUCCGCCCAUCGCCUCGGACCCAUCAGCUGGCCCCUCGAAGCUCUGCGCCGCAUUCUAUGGCCCUCUCGCCGAGCACGUCUUCCGCACCCUCGGCGCUGUCCACCGCAGGUCGCCUCCGGCUCAUGUCCACCUAUCUGGCUUCGCCGCCACCUUCGAUCCCAGUCGGCCCGAGAGGAUCGAGUUUCGCACGGGCAAGGCCGUGCUCCGCUUCCGGCCCACCUCUGUCGGCGAUGGACCUGACACAGAGGCCUUGUGGGUCGAGCGCCUCGAUCGUCCCGGCAAUGCCAGACAGGGGGCCUCUGCCGCAUCCCCGAAGAGCUUUAGCAUGCGGCCCCCUCUGGCGCGCCCGGCGUCGUCCCGAACAAUGUCCUCGGGCGCUUCCGACGGCUGGUUUGACACGCCCGCCCCGCAAGCACAGCCCAGCGGAACGGGGACAGAACAACGGGGUCUGAAGCCGUCGGGUCGGCCCAGUAACACGUCGCGGCCUGAGGAACGCGUUGUCGCCGCAAACGCGGCAUCCCCCGCGCCUCCGAGCGAUGACGCGUCCGCCGGCCCGCCCCAACGGCGACGCCAGGAAUCCGUGGCAGCUCAGCAUAACACGGACAGGAUCCGUCUGACCUCGACCGCAUCCGAUGGCAUCACGAUGGCGAGGCAGACGGCAAGCCCCGCGCCGCCUCGCAACGACCCAAUCUUCCAGCCCGUCUCGACCUUUGGCAGCACCGUUUAUACCUCCAUCACGGCACUCCGCAACGGGCAACUCGCCAAUGUGGCCGGGGUAGUCAUCGGCGCAGGCGAUCCCCGACGCGCCGCUGGUGGCUCUCGCGAUCUCAGCCUCAAGAUCCAGCUGGUCGACAUGUCGUGCAGCGCCAUCCUGAAUCGCCAGAACCCCGGCAACCUAACCACUUCGCUCACCGUCAUGCUCUUCUCGUCCACCAUGGACCGCAUCGUCAGCCCGGUCUGCAAGGGUCAGGUCCUUCUGUUCCGCAGGGUCGCCAUUCAGGAUUUCAACGGCAAGCCCCAGGCCGUGGGGAAGAACGCAGAAUCAUGGAGCUGGGCUCUGUACGACCCCGUGUCUGGCAGCAUCCGCAAAUCUCCGUCCUUUGAACAGGCCAAGCCUCUGUCGGCCGCCGAGACGGACCACAUGCGGAGCCUGGCAAGCUGGUAUGGCAGGCUGCAGGGCGACGAGCUCGGCCUGCUCUCGAGGCCUGGCCGUUCCAGCCUCCGCCUCGAGGAGGUCUCCGAGAACCUCUUCUUUGACAGCACAGUCGAGGUGCUCAAAGUCUUCACCCAAGCCCACUCGCCGGACCUCUACGUGACCGACUACACCUCCCACGCCCUCUUUUUCCGCGGGACGGAUCACUACCUCGGGCUCGACACGGCUCUCGAGUAUCCCGAGCCCGGCGACGGUUGGGGCCACGUCUUCCAGAUAGGCCUCUGGGACAUCCAUGCCGAAAUAGCGGACGCCCUCAAGACCGGCGACAUCAUCCGGAUCGAGAACGUCAGGGCCAAGAUGAACCCCAGGGGCAUGCUGGUUGGCGGCCUUGGCAGUGCCAGCGACUCGGGUGUCAAGAUCAAGACGCUGAAGCCGUCGGAGGACGCGCGCAUCAGUCUCGAACGGCGGCGCGCGCACUUCCUCGAACGACAUCGACGUGCCACAGAACCCGAAGUGACGGUCGAAGGCGGUCACCUUGACGAUUGCAGGGCCCCCACGAACGUUGACGGUGCCGAUACUCUACCGGCAGGGUCUGCUGAACCAGCUCCGCAAGCGUCGAAACGAGAGCCGGAUGAAGAGGCAGUGCAGUCAGCGUUGAAUCAUCCCGUCAAAGAGUCGCCGACUUCCGGUCGGAUACGGGCGAAGGACGAAGAGCAGGAAGGCUUUGGGAGCCAGAGGCAGCUGCAGAUUCUGCAACCGUGGCAGACCUCUCAGCCCAAUACCGACAGUCAGGAGAGUUCGGCCGGUAGCACAAAAGACACCGCCGCAGCCGCCCAGCGCAUCCCAGCGACCUCGACACCCCCUCCGCCCGCCGCGCAACCGAAACCCCCAGCAGCAGCAUGGCCCUCGGUCACGGUCCGUUGCAAGGCGCCCUCAUCCGUUCCAGACACGCCGUUCUCCUCGCUGCUCACCACCAGCACCUGUCCGGGUAUGCACAAGGUCAGUGGCCGCGUCGUCUCGGUCCGGCCGGAAAGGCCGGAGGAGUGGGCACGUCUCGAGUGCAAGUCGUGCAGGAAGCUGCUUCCCCUCGAAGAGCUCUUCUGCGCCAGAUGCGGGGAGGAGGACGGCGAAGGCGAGACCAACCUUCGAUACACGCUGCGCUUCGCCAUCAUGCUCGAGGAGGUCGAUGCAGCGCCUGCCGGUCAGAUGGCAGGCGAGCGCAGGCAGAACACAGUACGCGUGCCGAUCCUGUUCAACGACCAAGCGGCGAUCUCGUUCCUGCCCGACAUCGAUCCGGAAAAGCUACACCGCGGUUCGAAGAGCACACUGCGAAUGCUCGUCGCCAGGAUCGAAGGGCUGAUCGGCAAGCCUCUAACGAUGCUGUCCCAGGGGGACACGCAGCCAGAUGGACCAGGCGCGUUCACGGCUCCCGUCGUCAAGCUGGCCAUCUACUCGUAUCCGGCGUCAGAGGGCGGCAGGACAGUGCGGCGAUUUGCUGGCCUCAAAAGCGCCAACACGCUGGUACCGCUGUCGUAA